UUUCCUGACUUUCAGCUCAUAUUUUAUCACAUGUCAUUUGCUUAUAAGCUCCAUAAAAAUUUUUUGUAUUUAUUGCACUCAUUCUGAAUUGAAUUUAUUUCCGACCCGCAAAUGGAAACACCAGUUUGAUCUCAAAAUCUACUGAAAAAUUAGAAGCACCAAAUUUAUCUCGAUAUGCAAACUUUUUACACAAAAUGAUUGCAUGAAUCUACGCUGGUAUUUAUAAAACAUUCCAUUGCCAAUAUUGGCCACCAAAUUAGUACAAAUUUAAUGGAUGCAGCUGCUCAACCUCCAGCGCCCGCCAUAGAUCGUAUCUAUCUCCGCCUUCUAGCUGCCACUCAGCAUACCGACGAGAAACAAAAGGCCGCGUCCGAGGACACUGUCAAACCCAAGCCCGUAACAACAUCCGCAGUUAUAAAGAAAACUGUGCUCGAGGACCAUGGCUACACAAUUGGAAAGCAAAUCGGUACCGGGACCUAUGCCAAGGUUAAGGUCGCGUACUCGGAGGAAUACAAGUGCCCGGUAGCUGUGAAGAUCAUAUCAAAAGUAAAGGCACCUGCGGAGUAUUUAAAGAAAUUUAUGCCCCGUGAAAUAGACGUGGUUAAGGGAUUGCGACAUGAGAACCUAAUUCGCUACUAUCAAAGUAUAGAAACAACCCACAGAGUAUAUAUUAUUAUGCAGUUUGCAGAAAAUGGAUCACUGUUGGACCUAAUUCGAAAAGAGGGUUAUUUAGAUGAGAACAGGGCGAGGAAGUAUUUCAGACAACUGAUAGCUGUCCUGGAUUAUUGCCACAAUCAAGGGGUUGUUCAUAGGGAUAUAAAGUGUGAAAAUCUGCUUUUCGAUAAGAAUUACAACAUCAAAUUAAUAGACUUCGGUUUCGCUCGUGGCAAUAUGAAACCCAAUGGGACCAAUAUUCCCUUGUCGGAAACUUACUGUGGCAGCUAUGCCUACGCAAGCCCUGAGGUCCUCAAAGGAAUACCAUACCAACCACAAUAUUCAGAUAUUUGGGCAUCUGGAGUAGUUCUCUUCGCAAUGGUUUUCGGGCGGCUUCCUUUCGAUGGCUCCACCUAUGCUCACCUCGUCAAACAAGUACAAAACAAAGUGGUUUUCCCGCGUGAUCCUUCUGUUAGUUCAAUGUGCAAACAUCUCAUUACAAAAAUUAUUGCACCCUUAAAAGUGCGGAUAACAAUCGAUGGAAUUGAAGAAGAUCCUUGGUUCUUGGGCGAGACAGCGACUACAUCAAGUGAUGUGAAAAAAGAAAAGGAAAAAGAUAAGGAGAAAGAAAAAGAAAAAGACAAGGAGAAGGAAAAGGAAAAGGAAAUUAUCAAAAAAGAAAAGAGUAUUUAGUAAAAUUAUAAGUUUGAAGAUAAACAAAUUGGAAGUACACUGGGAAAAUUGUUUUGUAGAAAA